UUGGGUAAUCCCCAUUUCUCCUCUCCUCAGUCCUCACAAGAGGGGGAGAAACGAAGAGCGUGCGUGUUUCUUCUUGUACUUCUCUUCUAACUACUACUACUGCUGCUACUAUUACGACGAUUACGAUGCUCGCUCUCUCUUCCUUAAUCCUCCCUCUUCCUCUUCCUCUUCCUCCUCUUCCCCCCUCCAAACCCUUCUUCCUCACCCCUCCACACUCUCCUCACCUCCGCCUCCGCCGCCCCCCGGAUGUUCCCCUCCUCCGCCGCCGCCGCCGCCUACUGGCGGGUGCCACCGCCGACGACGGCGGCGGUGCCGGGUCCUCUCCCCAGGAUAUUGAACAAUUGAGCAGAACUGUGACUUCUGGGGAAGCCUACAUAGGUCUUUUUGUUCGAAUGCUUGGCCUAGACAAUGACCCGUUAGACCGGGAGCAUGCCAUUAUUACACUCUGGCAAUACUCACAAGGAGGACGGAAGUGUAUUGAUGAUAUCAUGCAGUUUCCUGGCUGUAUUAAUCUUGUCACCAGCCUUCUCAAAUCCGAGUCUUGUUCUACAUGUGAAGCUGCCGCAGGUCUUCUACGAAAUGUAACUUCUGUAAAGUUAUACAGGGAUGCUGUUGCCGAAAGUGGAGCAAUAGAGGAAAUUUCUAGUCUUCUUUGCCAAUCUUCAAUUGCCCCAGAGGUUAAGGAGCAAGGUUUAUUUGCUUUGUGGAAUUUAUCUGUGGACGAGAAGCUUAGACCGAAGAUCGUAGAAAGUGAUCUUCUACCGAAGCUUGUUAGGUUUCUUGAUGAUGAAGAGAUAAAAGUUAAAGAGGCAGCUGGUGGGAUCCUUGCAAAUUUGGCUUUAAGUCAUGCCAAUCAUGGCAUUAUGGUCGAAGUGGGGGUAAUACCAAAAUUGGCUGAUCUUCUAAAAGGCAAACAGGAAGGCUAUAAAGUCAUCAGAAAGGAAGCUAAAACCGCAUUACUUGAGCUUUGCAAGGAUGAAUACUACAGAAUUCUCAUAAUUGAAGAGGGUUUAGUUAGGGUUCCUGUUGUGGGUUCUGCAGCAUAUAAAGCUUUCAAACCCUCAACUCAUUCGUGGCCCUCUUUACCUGAUGGAACUGAAAUUCAGCGAAAUUCGCGCCCUUCAAGAUAUGGUGCGUCUGAGUUACUUGUUGGAUUGAAUAUUGAAGAGAAGAACUUGAAACUUGAAGAGGCUAAGAUGAAUGCAAUAGUCGGGCGUUCUCAACAGCAAUUUCUUGUACGAAUCGGUGCAAUUGAGAUGGAGGAUGGAGAAAAAAUUCAAAAUGAAUCUCCACAGAAAGAACAGUAUACUCUUUUGCCCUGGAUAGAUGGUGUUGCAAGAUUGGUUUUGAUUCUUGGGCUUGAAGAUACUUCUGCUAUUAUACGGGCAGCUUAUUCAGUUGCUGAUGCAUCUGUAAAUGAGCACAUGCGUAAUUCUUUCAAGGAAGCUGGAGCUGUUAGACAAUUAGUUCAGCUACUGCACCAUGAUAGAUUGACUGUCAGAGAAGCUGUUGCUCAUGCAUUGGACAAGCUAAGUAUCAGCAAUAUAGUUUGCAGGACAAUUGAAGCAGAAGGUGCUCUGGAGCCUCUAAUUAAUAUUUUGAAGGACCCAAGUACACCAGUCGCCCUACUCGAAAAGACUAUUGAUAUACUUUCUCGAAUUUUUGAUACAGGCAAUGGCUUGAAAAGAAUGUUUGAUGACAAAGUUGUCAAUGGAACUGAGGGAAAGGUGAAUUCGGCAAAUAGUUCUGAUGAUGCUGGCGGGUUUCUUCAAACCUUAUUGAAGCAAGAACCUAUGACGAGGAUGGAGAUUAUUGGCUUUGGUAUUAUAUCACGCUUAAUUGAUCUUCUGAGGAAAGCAUCACCAAGUGUGCAAACAAAAGUUGCUUCUUUCCUCGAGUAUUUAGCAAAUUUUGAACCACAUACUACCUCAAUGACUGCUGCUGGAAUUGAGUCGGGACUCGAUGCUGUUUUUCAAAAGGGAGUUCUGAAUGUGGAGGAGGAUGAUACUGAGAACCAGCCUGAGCCAACUAUCGUUGAAAUAGAAGAAAUUGGCCUCGCAACUUCUGCUGCCGCUAGACUACUCACAAAGUUGUUAAAUUUUGACCAAUUCAAUCGUACGAUAGACCCUGCAAAAUACGUAAUUCAACUUCGGAAAAUCCUAAAAUCUGAUAUUCCGCUCCGCACGAAGGACUGGGUGGCAGCAUGCCUUGUGAAGCUCGAAUCUAAGUUUGGUUCCGCCUUAAAUAAUGUAAAUUUUACUGUCGACAAGGAAGUAAUCAUCUACGAAACAAUUCCGAGACUCAUUGAGCAGAUUAGAACUUCAUUUUCCUACGAAUCGAAAAGAGCUGCGGUAUUGGAAUUGAAGAGGAUAAUUUCCGGAGGAUCAAUGGAAUUUGCAAAGGCGGUUGCAAAUGCCGGUGGGAUAUUUCAUUUAGUGAAGCUUAUUGAAGAGGGAAAGGGUGAUGUUAUUGAAUCUAGUUUGGCUAUUUUAUACAAUCUAAGCAUGGAUGCAGAGAACCACCCGGCAAUAAUUUCUGCAGGGGCGGUACCAGUGCUAAAGAGGAUCAUUCUCUCUGAGGGUCCACAGUGGACUCGCGCGCUUCAUUUGCUGAGGACAUUGCCGAUAUGAUCUAUAUGCAGUUCUUGGUCGAUAACCGGUUAACUGUCUUUGGUUACAGUACAUUCUAUCUUUCACAAUUUUUGUAGAUGUAUUUAAGUGAGACUAAAACUUGUAAGGUUUCCUUUUACUGUUUUUUCGAGGAAGAAUGUACAUGCAAAAUCUGCAGAUAAUAGGAGAAAAUAUCAGAAAUUUGGAAUCAAUCACUCUGUUACAACUAGAUUGUCUGUUUUGCCAUGUAUUUUGUAAUCUUUUUGUUUUUAAGGGUGAACAUCAAUUUAUCUCGCUGUGGUCUAGUAUA